AGAGGAUACAUCUCUGAAAAUAUAUAAAACACAUUAUCAUUAAUCCAUUAAGGCUCCAGGUGAAACAUUUUGCCCGCGAAACAACUGUACUCGCAUCACGCCAAUUUACCUGGUCACCUGACAGAGCUCCUCCUACAAGCUCUGCCACCAGCAGCUGCGCCAGGCAGAGAUCGGCUCGCGAAACGAGACCGUUGGCAUAUUCCGCGGAGUGUCGGCAAAUGAACGGAAUCAAAGCAACCACUCUUACAGAAGAAAAAAGAGGGGCUCUUUCCCUCCGUUACCAACUGACCAAAUGAAUAAGUGAUGAGAGGCACUGAGUCUGGUGAUGCGUUUUUGUUGGAGAGACGGCGGCUGAGCAGAGACGGCAGUUUUAUCUAUUCUAGCUGGCUGGGCUUAAAAGUGAAGUCCCCGGUCCAUCUGCGACGUGAAUAAAUCAGGAACGAUGACCCCCCCAUAUUCAAUCGCUUAUGCUGACUUCAAGCAAGAUGUCCUUCGGAUGGGCCGCCUCUCUUCCUCACCCAGUUCCUCCUCUUCCUCGGCUGUACCUGUGGCCUCUGGCUCCACACGGCCUGCGCACCUGGUCUGAUCUCAGGGAAUCGGCAUCCACACAGGAGCACCUGUUCCCUGUCUAACCCCCACCUUUACUCUCAGUGGCCUGCGCAACCUAUCACACUAUCCUCGCCUUCUUCUGCUGGGUUUCUCUUUAUAGCUCUACUCUGUACCCCUUUCUAUCUUCUCUAUUGUCUGGUCUCUCCUCUCUCUCCCUCUCUCUCACCCUCCCUCCAUCUCCCCCUCUCUCUCUCUUUCCCUCUCUCCAUCUCUCUCUCUAUUGCUCCCCCCCCUUACUCACUCUAUCCAUCUCUCUCUCAGUCUGUUUCUGUCCCUCUCUCUCUCUCUUUUCUCUCGCUCUCUCAUGGCCUGCCUCCUCGCGUCUGUGUUCUUCCUGGUUCUGCGGACACAGGCGGCCCCCCCACCCCCAGACCACACCCCCGGGGGGGAAGGGCCGGGGUCCGAGCCCCUGAACCUCCUGGCCAACGAGACGGAAGAUUACUCUCCGCUGGUGGGGCCCCCCGGGACCAGCAAACGGGUCCCCCAGAGCAUCAUCAUCGGGGUCCGCAAGGGCGGCACAAGGGCCCUGCUGGAGAUGCUGGACAUCCACCCCGACAUCGCGGUGGCCGCCACCGAGGUGCACUUCUUCGACUGGGACGAGAACUACGCCAAGGGCCUGGACUGGUACCGCAACCUGAUGCCCUUCUCGUUCGAGCACCAGAUCACAGUGGAGAAGACCCCGGGGUACUUCACGUCUCCGCUGGCGCCGGAGCGGAUCCGUCAGAUGAACGGCUCGGCCAAGCUGCUCCUCAUCCUGCGGGACCCCACGGAGCGUGUCAUCUCCGACUACACCCAGGUCUACUACAACCGCCUGGAGAGCCGCAAGCCCGUGCAGGUCAUCGAGGACGUCCUGGUGCGCAACGGCGCCCUCAACACGCGCUACAAGGCCAUCCACCGCAGCCUGUACGACGUGCACAUGCGCGGAUGGCUGCGCCACUUCCCCCUGGAGCAGAUCCACCUGGUGGACGGGGACACGCUGAUCCGAGACCCGCUGCCCGAGCUCCAGAAGGUGGAGCGCUUCCUCCGGCUGCCGCCCAGGAUAACGGCCUCCAACUUCUACUUCAACCAGACCAAGGGGUUCUACUGCAUCCGCAGCGAGGGGCGGGAGCGCUGCCUGCACGAGUCCAAGGGCCGGCCCCACCCCGUGGUGAACGGCACCAUCCUGCAGCAGCUGCGCUCCUACUUCCAGGACCACAACCACAACUUCUACAGGAUGGUCAAGCGCUCCUUUGACUGGCCCUAGGGUGGCUCAGCCCGGUCUGUGGACUGGGGGUAAUUGGGAAGCUGCGGGAUACCGUGUAAUGUUGUCCCUUCCCUGGGGGGGGAGGGGGGCAGCAGGGGUCGCUGGGAGUUUGGGGGGGGAGAAGCACUUUACAAUCGACAGCCCCAAUUCUUCUUAAAAAUGCCUUUAAUGCCCUUAUGUCAACGGGACAGUUUUGUAUUAAAUGGAGAGACAUGAGCUUGGCAGAGUGGAAGGCCGAGUAGUUAUCCUCUGUGCUGUACGUGAAAAGCGAUGCAGGUUACUGCAGCCAAACUUGUGAAACUUCCAUUUCCUUUUUUUCCCCUUUUUGUUUGAUAUUCUUGUAUUUAAUAAAUGGUUCUGCUUUAAAUGGAAA